GCAGCACUUUCACUUUCCACACCCUCAACUUCCAUCCAUUUCACCUCUCUCAACCUCGCUUCAUCUUCGCUUCGACCAGCAUGACAUCCCAACCUGCAACGCCGCUACUGUAUGUAGAGUUGCUUUCAAAUAUCCGCCAGAUAUCGCUGGCCAUCUCACUGGGCUCUGCAAGCGAUGCGUCAACACGAGUAGUGGUGGCAGCGGAUGGAGAGAAUGUCGAGCUCACACACCAUGGACAGUCACAUACACUACAUCUACCCGCAAAGGUAGCCCUUGGCGGCGCCAUUCUGCCAAUACAAAGACCUGGAGCCUCUGCGCUCUCCUGGAGGUUACCGUUGGGUCAAGGAACAUACACGGAUGCAUCAUCAGCCGAGUCGUCCACUUGGACAGCCACCGAUUUGAAGGCCGGGUCCGAAGUUGUUUGUAGACAAUGCCAGGCCGUUGUUGUCAAGCGAGAUGUUGUCAAGGUGUGGAAAGACCUCCCGAGUGAGAACUGGGCUGAGAUGAUGGAGUUUUGGCACUGUCACAAACCUGGUGACCACGAUCAUGACCAUCACCACCACGACAAGUCAAACGGCGUUGAUGCCAACGGGCAAAGCGAUAGGGCAGAUGACAUGAGUCUUGCAGCUCGAGGAUAUGGCGCGAGCUCGGCCAUUUCGGCGCAACAAGGUGUUGGGUUUGUUGAUCUGACAACGCUGUUAUUCGUCGAGCAGGACUGUUCCAACAUCACGUAUUCACUCUCUACCCCUGAGCAUGGAUCACCAGAUAGGCAAGUUGUUGCUUCAGACGAAAGCAGCAACCAGGUUCGGAGCCUCAACGUGUUUUGCUCUUCCUGUCAAUCCCAGCUCGGUUUUUACAAUUUCCGGACAGCCGCAGUCACACUCCUAAAGUGGCAGAUUUCGUGCGAUUCUGUGUCCAACCUCAGCCCAGGACUUGAAGAGUGUCUUGCCGCGACCCUGAUUUCCACCAUAGCACGAUCAGGAUCCUCCAAGUCGCUGUUGCUUCCCAUCACAGAGACCAUAGCAACCACAGAGGAAGAAGGGGUAGGGAAGGACCAAGUUGUCCAUAUAUGGGUGCUUAACAGUGGUAUCGUGUUUACAUCAUCUGCCAUGGAGGCCACGGUUACGAGGCCAGGAGCUGAAAGUGGUAUUCCGGCUAUGAAACUGCUUUAUCGGUUGGUUCCCCGAGAGGAGGCUGACCGCAUGCUGGAUUCACUUACUGGCGAUGCCCAGGAGGUGAACCUUCCGACAGAGGCCAUCAAGGAGGUUGUGGAACGUCUAGACAGGAGUAACUGUCUGCUGCCUACCACUGAACGGGUAUUCAAGGAGUGGAAAGUGGGUUUACUGAGGCGAUGAAUCCGGAGAUGGGAAUAUGUGCUCAAGUUGGUAUGUAUUGGUAACAAAGCAGCCCCAUCGGCGUUAUUCUCGACCUCAAACUUGACUCUUUAUCCUUUUACUGGAUCGUAAUGUCCGGGUUGUUGUCGUCUGGACGGUGGCGUCCGGUUCAGCUUUUGGUAUCACUUCCGCAGCAACCGUUUUCCGUUUCCUGGACAUGGCCACUGACGUUGUGGCGGCCAUCUCUUCGCUUUCUUCGAUUUUGACCACCACUCCUUUAUUUUUUCCGGGCUUGGGCACAACCUCAGCAGUCGUAACCAUCUCUUCCUGGCUUUCCUCUUCGACUUUCACCACCCUCUUCUUCUCUACCCCAGCUGCUUGUUCGGAAAACGACUUGAGAUUCGCAGUAAAGAGGACACUCUGUGCCCAACCAGCCUGAGGACCCCAUAUCUUCCUGAAAUGGUCGCCUACGGCCACAUACAUGGCCUUGUUGAGCGUCUUGGUCUUGGCAGACCCUUUCCCACCAAAAUUGUAGUCUCUUUGCGCGAUCUGCCAAACGUGCGUGUCGAUGGGAACAGACUCGCCCCACCCGAGACCCAUUAGACACACACAAUCCGACACCUUGGGGCCAACACCCGGCAGAGUCAACAGAGCUUCAUGAGCCUUCUGGUAGGUCGGUGGGUUGUCCAAGUCAGCCUUGGAUUCAACAGACUCCUUCUCUUCUGCCCCUUCUUCCUUCUUCACUAAAAUAUCCUCCUCAGCCGCUCUCAACGCAGGAACACCCGGAUUCCUCAACCUCAGCAACCACCUCUCCCCAUAAACCUGCGCCACACACCCCGCCGUCUCAGCAAUGUACUUGGCCCUAUAACCAAAGCCCAGCUCCCUCAGAUGGGCCUCGACCCCUUCCCCCGCCAACGCCUCCGGCCCGGGGAAAUCAUGAAACGCUUCUCCCUCCACGGUGGCCACAUAAGGACCGUAGUGCGUACACAGCUUCAGCACCAUCUGGCUGAUGCGCGAAAUGUUGUUGUUGCUGCUGCAGAUGAAGGAGAUCAGCGUCUCCCAUGCGUCCUGGUUAAGGAUGCGGAUCCCCGUGAAAGCGGGCGCACGCCGGGCGAAGUUGG